AUGGACGUCAACGACGUGCUGCUGCUGGCGUCGGCGGUGGUGCUGGGGCUGGUGUGGUGGCGGCGGUGCUCCAAGACGGGCGGCGUCGACAGCCUCCCCCCGGGCCCGCCGGGGUGGCCGGUGGUGGGCAACCUCUUCCAGGUGAUCCUGCAGCGCCGCCCCUUCAUGUACGUCGUGCGCGACCUCCGGGAGAAGUACGGGCCCAUCUUCACCAUGCGCAUGGGCCAGCGCACCCUCGUCAUCGUCACCGACGCCGACCUCAUCCACGACGCGCUCGUCAAGCAGGGCCCCAUGUUCGCCAGCCGCCCGGCCGACAGCCCCAUCCGCCUCCUCUUCAGCGUCGGCAAGUGCACCGUCAACUCCGCCCCCUACGGCCCGCUCUGGCGCGCGCUCCGCCGGAACUUCGUCGCCGAGAUCGUGUCGCCGCAGCGGGUCAAGGGCUUCUCGUGGAUCCGGGAGUGGGCCAUGGGCAACCACCUCCGCCGGAUACGCGCCGAGCACGCCAAGAUCCCCGACGAGCUCAUCGUGGAGAUCGAGGAGGUGCUCAAGGACGUGAUGAUGAUCUCCCUGCCCAAGCUCCCGGACUUCCUGCCGCUCCUCACGCCGCUCUUCCGGAGGGAGCUCGCCGAGGCCAAGAACCUGCGCCGGCGGCAGCUCGACUGCCUGCUGCCGCUGGUGCGCGCGCGGCGGGAGUUCCUCCGGACCGGCGGCAACGCGUGCAAGGCGGACGGGGAGGGGAACAGGGUGAUCGGCGGCGUGGAGAUGAUGAGCCCGCCCGGGGAGGCGUACGUGGACUCGCUGUUCGACCUGGAGCCGCCGGGCAGAGGGAAGCGGCUCGGCGAGGAGGAGCUGGUCACGCUCUGCUCCGAGGUGAUGAGCGCCGGCACCGACACCAGCGCUACCGCGCUGGAGUGGGUCAUGAUGCACCUCAUCCUCGACCCGGCGGCGCAGGAGAGGGUCUACGACGAGGUCGUCGCCAAGGCCGGCAAGACCGCCCGGAUCACCGAGGCCGACGUCGAGGCCUUGCCCUACCUGCAGGCGGUGGUGAAGGAGACGUUCCGGCGGCACCCGCCGAGCCACUUCGUCCUCUCGCACGCGGCGACGCGGGACACCGAGCUGGGCGGGUACCGGGUGCCGGCGGACGCGAGCGUGGAGUUCUACACGGCGUGGGUGACGGAGAACCCGGAGACGUGGCCGGACCCGGACGCGUGGCGGCCGGAGCGGUUCCUCGAGGGCGGCGAGGGCCACGACACCGACAUCACCGGCACCCGCGCGCUCCGCAUGAUGCCCUUCGGCGCCGGCCGCCGCAUCUGCCCCGCCGCCACGCUCGGCGUGCUCCACAUCCAGCUCACGCUCGCCAACAUGAUCCGCGAGCUCCGGUGGACUCCCCCCGCCGGCGAGGGGCCGCCCGACCCCACCGAGACCUUCGCCUUCACCGUCGUCAUGAAGAACUCGCUCCGGGCCGGCAUCGUCGAGCGCAACCAGCCGCCGCCGGUGGCCGCGCAUUGA